AUGUUUGUUGGGCAUCAAACUGGGUUGCUCCAACGGGUUCUUCCUGGGCCGGAUGAUAUUGCUGGAAUUGCUCUUCCUGAGCAGUGUAUUGUUGAUUGGUGUCCAUGUGGUGGUCCAUCUUAACCGACUAAUUGACUGCCUAAUUGACUGAUGCUGACUGAAUAGCCUCAACGUAGGUGAGGGCUUCUGCUGACUGACUGAUGACUGACUGAAUGGCCUCAACGUGGGUGAGGGCUUCUGCUGACUGAUAACUGACUGACUGACUGACUGAAUGGUUGACUGAAUGGCUGACUGAUUGGCUGACUGAUUGGCUGACUGAUUGGCUCUGGUCCAAAGUGGAUGAGAGUGACGCACUUCUACUGUGAGAGGCCAGACCUCGAAUAGCUCAAAGGUGUGGUUUCGAAUAUUCAAUUAAGAAGUGCGUGAAGACUACAUGCAAUCUCUUCCUCUAUAUAUAGAGAGAGGAAGAGUUUCUGGAGUCUUCCAAGAAACUGUUUGACAAAUACGUGACGUCAAAAGAAUAGAGUAGAAAAGUGUAGAAAAGGAGAUACCAAUUUAGCAGUGGAGCAAUGGCCAAUGCUGAGCGGGGACUUUGGUCAGUGCUUAGCGAGGGCAUGGCCCGAGCCUCCNGGAGAUACCAAUUUAGCAGUGGAGCAAUGGCCAAUGCUGAGCGGGGACUUUGGUCAGUGCUUAGCGAGGGCAUGGCCCGAGCCUCCAUCAUGGGUUCCAACCCUCACAGGAUGUCGGUGAUAGCUUUCACAUGCGGGUGUAAGAUUGUACCAUCAUCGUUGAUACCGUGUGCGACCUGGUUAUAUGCUUUUGAGGAGAGUAGGCUAAUAACAUAGCCCAUUCGUUGUUGUUCCGAGGUCCACCAGUCGUUAUUCAUUCUGAGUUUCAACUGGAGCUUCCGAAGGAAUGA